CCUGCAUCCCAUUCUUCCAGGUUUGCUCUGGAGACUUUCCACCUGUGGAGAGUUUCUGACUCAACGCAAGCUGAAGAGGAGAAGAAGAGAAACCAGAAAAGCUGCCACAUGAGGAUGAGCACUUGGCUCACACAGCUCAGCUCAAGCUCCUAUGGUAAUCCAGUGCUAAUUCAUGCCAAGUGUCCUCCAGGUGAUACUGCAGCCCAAGGUCUACCAGACUGCAUGGUUUGCCUUCAGUGAGAUCUCUGCCCUGCCUAGACUCCGUGGGAAAGGACGCUGUCUGGUAGGCAGUUGAGGAGUCAUGAAGAACUUUACAGGGCAGCAUCACUUCUUCAGCACAUCUGACAGCCACGUCUGGGACAACCAUAGACGCUCCACGGAUCAAGCACCAGACUGCAAAGCAGAGGUACACAACCAUUUUGAAAGAUAUUGCCCAGGCAGCAAAAUGUCCAACAGAACAAGCCUUUUGGUGGGAUGAAUGUUUUUUGGAGGAAGGACAAAUGGCAAAAAGAGAGAGGACACCAUCAAGAGCUCUUCUCCUGCUCCAUGUGAAUGAUGGAUGCCUGGCUCAGAGUAAAUGAUACGCAGUGCACAGUCCCUAACAAAAGCUGAAAAUGGAUGAUGCCGACUGAUGGCUUUUUGACAACAUCAUUUCUUUUCCUCUUUGAGAUGGGUGGUACAAUCAUCAGGAAAAAAAUCUACAAUAAGCCCGAGUGACUUCUUUGUCCCUUGACUCCUCUUUCUGCAAGUCUGUAAAUUAUCAGAAGAUAUGACCAGUCAACUACCAGAGGAGUCUGUGGAGACCCAGAGCUCAGACGAGCUUGAGUGCAAGAUCUGUUACAACCGCUAUAACCUGCGACAGAGAAAACCCAAAGUGCUGGAAUGUUGUCACAGGGUAUGUGCUAAAUGCCUCUGCAAGAUCAUAGACUUCGGGGAUUCCCCACAAGGAGUCAUAGUGUGCCCGUUCUGCAGGUUUGAAACGUGCCUGCCAGACAAUGAGGUUAGUAGUCUUCCUGAUGACAACAACAUCCUUCUCAAUUUAGCUUGUGGAGGAAAGGGUAAGAAGUGCCUACCAGACAACCCAACAGAACUGUUGCUGACUCCCAAAAGGUUGGCAUCUCUGGUUAGUCCUUCUCACACCUCUUCUAAUUGCCUGGUUAUAACAAUCAUGGAAGUACAAAGAGAAAGUCCCCAGGCUCUGAACUCAACCCCUGUGGUGGAAUUUUACAGGCCUACAAGUUUUGACUCUGUUGCAACCGUGUCCCACAACUGGACAGUGUGGAACUGCACAUCUUUGCUCUUCCAGACCUCAAUUCGGGUGCUAGUGUGGUUGCUAGGAUUGCUGUACUUUAGUUCCUUGCCUUUAGGGAUUUAUUUACUGGUAUCUAAGAAAGUCACCCUUGGGGUUGUCUUCGUAAGCCUUGUCCCUUCGAGCCUUGUUAUUCUUAUGGUUUAUGGCUUUUGCCAGUGUGUUUGCCAUGAAGUUCUAGACUGCAUGUCAUCAUGAUAACAAAUAAGCAAAAUAAAAUGUAUUGCAACAUCUGUAGCAUAGUCAACUUAUCCUGUCGUAUUCUUAUUUAUUCUUACUGUUGCCCACCCCACUAAAUGGAAGCAGUGGCCCCAGUUCUGUGGUCAUCUUUUUUUCUACUUGAUUUGAUUUCUGUCCCACCCCACCCACUCUCUGCCCCUUUAUUUCCAUAAAUAAUAGAAAUAAAAUUGAUGUGCCGAGUUUAAAAGGCUGAGUUGUAGAAAUUGCCAAACUCAGUGCCUGCCACUGCUGCCCUUUGGUUUUUGUUGACUCAAUCAUGGCAGUCAAAGCUGCGGCAUCCACUACAGAGGAAAUUAGUGUAACAGGCACCUUCCUGAUGGGAUAACAUCUCUUCAUCCAAAACAUCUCAUGCUUUGUGAUAUCUGUUACUUAUAAUUCAUUAACAUUUCUAGCAAAUGAAAUCACUUUAUUAGUUAAUAUUGUAAGAAAAAGGCAAACUGUCAUUGCUUUUUUUAGUUCAUGACUGGAGGAGGCCAGUGGUGGCACGUUUUUUACAUUCUGUGACAUGAGCAAUCUUUUCCUCACCAUACUAAAACCACGUCUUCAAAACAUUCUCCUCAAACAGAAGUCAUAUAGUUGCAGCUCCUUCUGAGAUAUGUCUGCUAAGGAGUAUUUACAGGAACUCUGCCCCAUGUUUGCUGUCCUCUAGAUGUACUUACUUUAGUGUGCAUCCACCUCAGGCUUCCAUUUGAGGGUUCAGAGCUCUGCAGACUUCUCUCACUGUGUUUUGUUAUGCUUACACUCCCUCCCAGCAUUUCCACCAUCACCUUACAUUUCCAACCCAUUACUACUUCUAACAAAUUGUCUGGCCAGCUUCACACUCAUCUGCUCUCUGGUAGUUACACCGGAGAACUUGGCUUAUGUGACUUCAGCUACCAAGAUAGACUUUUAUUCCCAGCCAUUAGAAAAUGGAGCUUCAAUUACUAAUACAAAUUUCAGGAGACACUGAAACAGUUAACUGGGUGGUUAUUUUUGCUUUCUGAAUUCUCAGAAUGAUCAUUGUAAGGAGAUACUAUGACUUUGUGAAGAUUACUGUUUACUGCAUAGUCCCUCAAAUGUUUAAUACCCUGAACUCCCUGUCAUCAUUGUGAGUUGAUGCCACUUUAGGUGUGGCAAUUAGCAUGUCUUGAUUAGUUGAAUUGAGAGGAAUUACUGAUGUUUUACCAUUCCACAAGUAGAAUCAGGCCCUGUUAGGCUUGCUUGUAUGUUGUAUGGUUUAGGCUGCUCUUUCAACCACUGGAAAAGUGUUAAAGUAAGAAAUAUUUCAUGUUGAUGUGUAUAACUAGAUCCAGGAACACCACAGCUGGAAUCUCAUUUUCCUCUGCACAGCAGGGUGAAAACUGAGAAGUUGAGCAGUGCCAGUGUGGUUUUGGGGUCAGGGACAAGAUUUGGUAAUUUCAAGGCAGAGUAAGACUGAAUGUGUGGCCUAACAAAAUAAUCUCAGAGCAAACUGACUUGGAUGAGAAUGAAAAAUGGUGAUGGGAAUAGCAAAGCUCAAGUGGUGGUUGUGUCUGUCAAGGAUUUGAAGUCAAACUAGUCCUUUUGUAGAUGGUGUAGAUGGUAUCUCCAGUUUCAUUUCUAUUGCAAACAGGGAAAAACGUGGAAAUGUAUAGGUCUUGCUUUUCUUGACACCCAUUUUGUAAUAGUGCAAAUAUAUGUGUGUAUGUACAUACAAACACAUAUGUGAGAAGAAAACUUAGAGCAAAAUUAUAGUUUUCAAAUGUAUGGAGUUACAGAGCUGUGUACUGAACAAUUAAAUGAAAUGUUCCCAACUUUUCUGUAAUGAUUCAAUAGCAAUUACAACUAAAUUAGUUUCAAAAUUCCUAGAAAUGACUAUUCCUAAGUAAUUGUUAUUAAUGUUUGUAGUAAAAGCACAUGUAGGUAGAAGAGAUAAUCAUCUCCAGUUCUGGUGUACUGCAAGGUUUGACUCAUCUGUGGACUCAUACAUUCUAAAGUCUCCAACAAUAACAUGUCAAGAAAACAUAAUCUGUCGUUUUAUAGUACUUUGAGAAAAGAUGUAUUUGUAGUGUUAGGGGUUUCUAUGUUUGAGGGUUUGUUCAAUUUGUCUGAAUAUAAUGUCUCUAAUAAAGGGCUGGCUAAUAGAGGAA